ACUUUUCUUUUGUGAUUGUGUGUAGGAGUUAAUUAUUUUACUGAACUUUAUAUAAAAUUAAGAUAAGAUCUUUUAUAAUUAUCGAGAACAGUAGAUCUCGAUAUUUUUGGCUGGCAAGAAAUAUUAUUAAUUUGUAGAAAAUGGUAGAUAAUGAAAGACUUAGGACUUGGCUUACUGCUUAUCACAAUCCUGAUGUAGCGUAUAGAGAAAUAAUCAACAUCACCACACAAUACAGAGGUUUGCAUCCAGAACAGAGUGUCUACACUUUCAACGAUGGCUCAAGAAUGGAUCUCAUUAACUUAUCUGGUACAAUUCCUGUUCGUUACAAAGGCAAUGUUUAUAAUAUUCCAAUUUGUAUAUGGUUAAUUGACACUCAUCCAGAGAAUGCUCCCAUUUGUUAUGUUAAACCAACUUCCGACAUGUCCAUAAAAGUUUCCAUGUUUGUAGAUCAAAAUGGAAAAGUUUAUCUGCCAUAUUUGCAUGAUUGGGUACCGAACGAAUCAGAUUUGCUAGGAUUAAUCCAAGUUAUGAUUGUUACAUUUGGCGAACAACCUCCGGUAUUUGCCAGGGCUAAAGACAAUGAAUCGUAUCCGUCAAAUUCUUUCAUGCCUCAACCAUCCGGAGGUUAUAUGCCGCCGUAUCCCACCCCCUACCCACCAGCAUCAGGAGGUUUCGGCGGGUAUCCUCCAUAUCCUCCAACAAGCAACAACUCUUUUCAAGGGUAUCCACCCUACCCGUCUACACAACCACAAUAUCCAUUUAAUUUCGGCCCUCCGGGAGCUCAGGCCUCAGGUACAGGUACUAUAAAAGAAGAACAUAUCAGAGAAUCUCUGUUGACAGCUUUGGAAGAGAAGCUGCUUAGAAGAAUGAAGGAACAAUUUCAGCAGAAUCAAGCUGAACUAGAGACGCUCAAGAGGACACAGGAGGAGUUGAAACAAGGAAAAUUGAAGCUGGACGGUAUAUUGAGCCGAUUAGAAAAAGAAAAGAAUGAUUUAGACAAAAAUAUUACAAUGCUACAAGACAAAGAACAAGAACUAAAUAAGGCCAUCGAACGAAUAAGUAACCAAGAAUCUAUAGAUGUUGAUGAUGCGGUAACAACGACAGCUCCUUUAUAUAAACAGUUAUUGAAUGCAUUCGCUGAAGAAGCUGCCUUAGAAGAUACUAUUUAUUACAUGGGAGAGGCAUUGAGAUGUGGUGUCAUUGAUUUAGACGUAUUUUUGAGACAAGUGCGAACUUUGUCCAGGAAACAGUUCAUGCUCAGAGCUUUAAUGCAAAAAUGCCGCCAAAAGGCCGGUCUGUCCGUUUGAACGCAAUAAGGAUCCGAACGUCCCAUGGUUUGGAGAGUUGUGGUUGAUGUUUUUACUCAAAAUGUAAUAUAUAUUUUAGUUUUAUGCGCAAAAUUAAGGUUUUUAUUGAUUUGUACACUGUUUAUCGCGAUAUGUAAUCACAAAUAAAUAUAAAGUAAAUGUUC